AUGACCCUCUUUAACCCGACCUCGAUUCUCGUUGGCUUUGUCCUCCUUUACCUUUCGUCCUUUUUUAUCUUCGCUAUCGUCCGGAUCUCGACGGGAAUCUCCAUUCAACGGAUCGGCUACUUGUCGCUGCGCCGGAUCGCGUACACCCCGAGAGAAGGACUACAUAUUGAAAUUCGCGGCCUCGGAUUUUCGUUGCACCCUUCGUCAUUUGCUCAGCCAACAUGGAUCAGUAUUCACCUGACGGAGUUGAAGGUGACGGUGGAUCCGACGACUUCGCGACGGAAACGUGAACUGUCCCGCGACAUUUUGGAGUCCCCGGGCGCUUCUAGCCCUGCCGACGAUCGGGCUGCGCCAGAACCGGGUGGCGGAAGCAAGACAUGGGAGACCUUAACACGUAUCAAGGAACGCGUCAAGCGACUGCACCGGCAGAUUAAUUGGCUGGCUCUUGUGGACUUGACCGCUGUCAACACCACUCUCCAUUUCGUCAACGCGGGCCAAAUACAGGUUGGAUCGCUUUCCCUUUCUGUCGAUACUCGCAGUAAGAUGGUGGAACGUGGCAAGCUAUUUCGUCGCAAGAAGGAUAUGUCGCAAGAUCAACGCCCAGUCGAGUGGAUAAUGAACGUUCAGAAUGUUCUACUCAAUGUCGACGGCCGAGAGCCAAACGAAAUAUUUGACAAUGUGGGUGUGAACCUCCACGGGCUUCUUCACAAGGAUUUGGACGGACUCAGAGAUGUCUCGGUGGCGCUCAAGAUUGGACGUAUGCACGUUCCAUACGACGACAUCCGGGCGUUGUUGCAGCGCAUCAAACCUGACCAGAAAUCUGCCAGGGGGCCAUCGAACUCCGAGACCGACGACGAGAUGUCAUUUGCCGAUUUUGUGGAGGAACUCGACAAGCCUGGGAGCCGGGACGAUACGAUUGUACGAACAGUCGCCGAUUCAAAGGAGCUUGCAAGCUCAUUACUUCGUGGUAUACAGGAGAUUCAGAUCGCUCUGAGUUUCUUCCGUGUUUCACGGGCUAUCCAGUCCCUUUCUGCAGGGCCCCACCCGGUUUAUAUGAAUGUGGUAUCGCAUGAGCUCGGAAUUGAUCUUCAUCGAAUGGACCAAAAGGGUCCGGAGCAUCGCAUGUAUUUCCAGCGAGAUGAUGUCGCUCACCAGGCUCUUCUUGCUGCUAUCUCUCUUUCUGUGAGCUUGGACGACGAAUCGGGUGAGACCAAUAACAUUCUAUACAUCCCCAUGGCUACAACUACCAUCAAGACGACACUGCCAUCGAAAACCGUCAGCGCUUUUGAUGACGAGAAUGCCGAAGAGCGAAACACAAAUGUCCUAUUCGCAAAUUUGGUCAUCACAUCACCUUCGAUCGAUCUCCAACCGAAACAUGUCUCGAGGCUUCUCAAACUAGCACAAAGCAGAGCUGCUUCUCGAGGAAAGAAAAGAGACAACCACCGCUUAAUCUCUCGGCUACUUCCGAAGGCAAGCAUCAAGCUUUCUGUUCAUGAGCCUGUGGUCCGCUUUGUUCUCCCAAUUGAGAAGGAGUCUGGUACUCCCGAUGAUUUCAACCUCCUUAUCUCCUCCAUCUCCUCGAUUUCACUUGAUAUCGAAUCCUCCCAUUCCUCUGAAGGCGGUGCCCAUUAUUCCCUUUCAUCCAUUUAUCGAGUUGCCUCCCACAAAUUCUAUUACCAGACUCCGACGGGCAACAAACACAAUCUGCUCACAAAUGAGAAUUUGGAGCUGAAGGCCCACCUUAACGCAACACCGGAGGUCUGUGUGAUCGCCUCUGGAAGUCUCAAUGAGUGCUCGGUCCACAUGAUUGAUGGCGAGGUGAACCGUGGAAUCCGUGAAGUUUUGCAGCAAUUCAUUACGCAGAUGCAAUCGCCUAAGCGGGUACCGAUGCCAACAAAUGAGCAGAAGCUGAGCGUGUUGAGACGAGUGCCACCAUGGCUGCUGCAGUUCCACUUUGAGGCUACAGGGUCUAGUGUCGAAAUCGCCGGCGUGGACUCCGCCGUCUCUGAUAUCUCCCGUGGCGUCUCUCUGCAAUUGCAAUCGUGGACAGCCGAAUACAAGGCCCAGAAAAUGGAGAAGAAUGUCGGAAGCAUUGCUAGGCGCCGGACUCCCAGCUAUUCCACCAUCGGCGACGAAUCACCCUUUCGAUUUCCCCCAACCUCCCCUCCCAAAGCAACUCAUACUCAACGCGGCGCCUCGGAUGGCCGGCGACUGGCUCUUCAUGCGCGUGGCUUCGAUGGCUUCGUCAUUGAAUCAGAAGAUUACUUGGAACCCGAGCCGUUCUUCUCAUUGCCCCGAUUUGAGAUCGCUCUGAGCACGAAUAGUGACCGCCUUGGACCGCUCCUGCAUGUCACCUCCGUAUUUAAGGGCAUAUAUCUUCAAUACUCGUUGUAUCGGUUCUACUGCCUCGGCGUCGCAGUUUCGGUGGUACAAGACGUGUUUACACCCUUGCCGGGAAAGGACUCGGACUCUGCUGCAGCGAAACCCACCGUAAGCGUACCGCUUCCACCGCCUCCAGCAUUCAAAUGGACUCCGAAAAAAGAGUUGGUCACCUACGAUGUGAAAGCCACAGUUGUUCAACUCAAGGCGAAUCUGCCAAACGAUCCACAACUAAUGAUUCAGGUCUACGGACUUGCUGGAGCGUCUCAGCGUCUUUCCACUCCUUAUAUCAAAGCCAGCCUUGUUCGCUUCCAUGCAGAGGCACCAAAGCUCAAGGGCGUCUGGGCACGAAUUGGUAGUAUGAACAAUCUCAGGGUGGAUUUCCGAACAAUGAGGAUGAAACAUGGCAACACUCUGGUCGAAGAGAAGUCUCUCGACCUAUGGACUGACUUCAUCCGACUUGGCGUGCCUCAUCAUAUGGUAAUGCACCGCAUCUUUGACAACUUGAUAAACACCUCCAAGGCUAUUAAACAACUGCAUCAUCGCUUCAAGUACCGUUGCAAAGAGUUUGGGUCUAAGAGAGAACCAGAAGGCCCAAAGAGGGUUCCCAAGAUAUCUCUUCGCAGCAAAGCGCUGCUCUUCGAGCUGGAAGACGACGCAUUCGAAUGGAAACUAGGUUGCAUCUAUCGAAUUGGCUUGAUUGAACAGGCUCAGCGGCUGGCCCGGGAAGAUGCCUUCCACCUCAAAUCCCACAAAGUCAAGGAAGCUGACCAGCGGCGUGGCACAUCCCGGUUACGAGCAAAAUCAAGCCAUCGCACUUUGCGUAGCGAGCGAACCAGCCAGGAUACCAGGCGAAGCAGAAGUGCCGAUGAGCGAGCUCGACCUACCACCCAAGAACGCGGGAGACAAAAAUAUCGCUAUGAUGCUGAAGGCUCCACAUGUCUUUCAUCGGAGCAGAAAAUUCCCGUGGAUACCGCUUUGACUCGACUUCACCAGUACAACGCGCAAGUCUGGAAAGAGAAGAUCGAUGCAGCCCUUCUAUUCCAGGGCACUUCCAUCAAAGAAGUUCGGAACCUCUUCUCCGGGGCAGAUGAACCUCCAGCGGAUGUCAAAGAGACCGAAACUAUCCUUGCCAUUCCGAACAGACCUGGCCUGCUGUCAGCCUUGAUCAGUGAUGUCAACCUUGUCAUCGACAAGCCCUCCUUCGCCAUCGACGAAUACCCCGCGUAUUUACACCGGAUUGGAAAGGGAAUGCCCUUGUCCAUGCAAUAUGGCCUGCUCGUUCCAAUGAGCUUCAAUCUGGAAAUGGGCGAAGCACGCGUCACCUUGCGAGAUUAUCCUCUAGACUUAUUGCACAUUCCGGCAUUGCGCCCAGGGCAAUCCCCAAGGCUUGCUAGCUGGUCUUUACGGACUGACUUCGUUAUUGCUGAACAAUGGCGUGACCAUGAAUCUGCGAGACAGGUCGAAGUAGAGCUCGUCCCUGCAUGUGAAGGGCCGGACGGGUCCCCACGCGAUGCGUUCAAGAUUGCCGUCUGGCGUUCCGUCACACCAGUCAAAACCUUCUCAGACCCUGUUGUUGAGAUCAACACAAGUAUGCCGACCAGCAUCUCAUGGGGUGUUGCUUACCAGCCUGUGAUUCAGGACAUGAUGAAGAUCAUUGAAGGUUUCACCAAGCCUGAGAUUGACCCUUCGGAGCGGGUGGGAUUCUGGGACAAGAUCCGACUCAGCUUCCAUUCUCGGAUCAAGGUGCUCUGGAAGGAAGAUGGCGAUGUACAUCUGCGUCUUAAGGGCUCUCGCGAUCCAUAUGUGGUGACCGGCUUCGGAAGUGGCUUUGUCAUGUGCUGGCGCAGAGACGUCAAAUGGGAGAUACACACUGGUGACAAUCCAAUGGAAUUUAUGAGUGUAACAAGUGGCGAGUACGUGCUUGCUAUCCCCGAUUACAGCGCUGAAGCACGAUGGGCGAAUGUGGCGGCCACAGAAGAGUUGGACAACAGUUCUGCAUCCAGCGAGCAAAAGAACGCAGCUCACUUCAAGAAGGUCAUCAUGAAGCUGUCUGGCGAUGUCAAAUGGGCAGCAGGUCUGGUCUUUGAACGGGAAGUGGACAACGAUGAGAGGUCAUUCUCAUUCAAACCCCAUUAUGAUGUUGUUCUCAAGAAUCCCAAAUAUGUCGAUCCAUCUGAACGUGGUAAUUACGAUGCCUAUCGUGGCUUCCGGAGUGAUCAUAUCCAUCUCUCGGUUGCCAUUAUUACGCCACAGAGCAGAAAUUGGUCUGUCGAUAAUGUCCAACCAUCUUCAAGCUACAACACCAUCCACCUCACUCCCCGAUUCUUCACUCAUUUCUUCAAUUGGUGGUCUCUAUUCUCAGGCGUGAUGUCGCUUCCUGUCCGCCAAGGACCGCUUUGGCCAGGAAUCACGAAAACGAGCAAGAAGUUCAACCGUCAUCUGGCAACUGUCAAAUACAAGAUUCUUCUCGCGCCGCUCUUUGUGGCCCACAUCUACAAACACAAGGACCGCGAAGAUUAUGCAGAAGAUGUUGUCACGGCUACGGGCCUCAAGGUUCGCCUCGACUGCUUGAAGCUUGACAUUCAUCAACGUCGCGAGCAGAUCAAGACACAAGCCCGUGGUCGUUCAAAGCAGACCAAGACAAGUGCGAUGCGCAUCAAUCAGGCCCAAAUUGAUAUGCAAUCUGCGGACUUCCGGGCCGUAUCCGCUAGUAUCGAAGGCACCACAGCGGAAGACGUUGAGCACAACGGAAACGACAUUCUCUCCUCCUUCCAACAGCCUGUUCCAUCCGUUGACUUGUCGCGGUUCACUAUCCCUGAUCACAAUCUAGACUGGGUUGACAUGGAUGACUUCGUGGAGCCGGACUGGAUCCUCCCACAAGAAUCAAACCCUCGCACCCAAAUUUUACCUUUGGCUUUCACACCACGUUUCACCUACUUCCGCAACACAGAUCAUGGUGAUGUUGGGCCCGAAGAAACGGGCUACAGUACCUUUGGAGACGAACCCUCUCACGAAUGUGUGAUGUCCGAGACCAACGAUCCUCGCCGUGUUCAAAUUGAAUUGGUUAAGGAUCGCCUUGCAACCGUUGAGGCACAAACUCGCAAUUAUGAACGCACCAUUGGAGAACAGCAACUCAAGCUCAUGAAAGAUGUGAACAAUGACGCAAAAUUGAGAGCAGAGCAUGAGCAAUUCCUUCGUCAGUCCGACAAUUUGGCGAGACGACGUAAGUUCCUGACGACCACUCUCAAUCGCCUUGAGAGACACAUUAUCCGCGAUGAGCGCACUCCGUACGGCAACACACUAGGCAAAAACGCGACACCCAGCACUACUUCUUCCCGGACUGAGCGAACUGGGCGCGAUGCCGACUCAGCGACCGACGGCCGUUCAUCAGGGCUGGAUGGCAUCUACGCAUCCGGCAACGAUGAGUUCUCCAGUGAUUUCAACAAUCGUUUCAUGAUCCACAACGUGCAGCUCAAAUGGAACAAUUCUCUCCGAAAUAUCAUCUUGCGGUACAGCCACCAAGUGAGCCAGCGGCGAGGAUUUGUGUACUACAUGUCUCGGCGCGCUGUAAAAUUCAUUCUUGAUAUUGUGGACGAACAAAACAGGAACAAGCGCAAGCAGCCCAGGAUGUCCAAGACGGCAACCCAGAGCUCUCACAAUGAGGAGGAGGAUGUCGAAUGCCGCAUCGAACAGUUGUUGAACGACGCCAAGCGCUUUGUGAAUGUCGAAGAGAGUGAACCAUCGGACUCCAACACCCAAUCUCCUUCCAGUUCGGACGAUUCGAGUGAGGAUGUAACGACGGAGUUCACUCCACAGAACAGUUACCACCUGCGUCUCAUUGCGCCCCAAAUCCAGCUUCUCAGUGAGAAGAAUCGGAAAUCAGUCUUGCUUGUUGCUGCGAAGGGUAUGGAACUUAAGGUCGUAUCAAUCAUGGACAAAGAGCGAGUCUCGGACGAUGUCAGUGGCCUGGUGCAGCGCCAAUUCUUGCUUGAAAUGGACGGCGCCCAGUUCUUUGUUGCAACGCAGAAGAACCUGAUGGAGAGUCUGCAAUUCUAUGCCGGUAACAAGUACGGGAAUGCGCCGGGAUCAGCAUGGCCGCCGUGGUUGACUUUGGAAUCAAUGUUUGAUUUCGAGUUGAAUCCAUUCGGAUUCUCUCGUAUUGUGCAAAAAACUUCUGCCACCCUGCGCUAUGACAAGUACAACAACCUCCGCCUCAAAUACAACGAAGAGGUGGCAAAGGGUCAGCCCGGGCCUCAUCCUGGCGAUCAAGAAGACCGGAUAGACUCGAUCAGUGUCGACUUCCCUCAUUUCCGUGCGAUUUGUGAUUCUGCAGAGUACUACUCCAUGUACAUUAUUGUCCUUGAUCUCAUGCUCUACAGUGAACCACUGGAGAAGGUCCGAAACGAGCGACUGGAGCGGAUUAUGCUCACUUCUGACUUCAGUGACCUUCGUGGUGCCCCCGAAAUGGUGUUCAAGCUUCAAGCACGCAUUCGCCAGUUGGAAGAGAUCAAAGAGUACUUCCAGAUCAACGCAAAGUUCUUGGACAAACAAGGCUGGAAGGAUCGGCUGACGCUCGAACGUGACUUGUCACAUUGCGAGGAUGAGCUUUUCUUUAUGAUGAAAGCGAUCACAACUUCCCAACGGCGCAUGGAACCAGGUGGACCGAGGGCAGAUGGUGUCAAUGGCUUAUUGCGAUGGAGCAUAUCGGCUCGCGAGGUUGUGUGGCACUUGAUGAAAGAGGCUUCUGAACCCUUGAUCGAGUUCCAGCUGCGCAAUGCUACAUAUGAGCGAACCGAUAACAGUGACGGUUCCAAUGACAACUUGGUAUCCAUCGAGCGACUGUUCGGACUGAACUUGCUUCCAGACGCCAUAUACCCCCAAAUCAUUGCACCUUACCUCGACGGGACGCGCACUUUGGACGACUUCAUGUUACGUGUCAAAUGGCACAUGCUGGAGGCCGUCGCCGGCAUUCCCGUGCUUGAUAACUUCGAAGUUGCGUUGUUCCCGCUCAAGAUCCAGCUUGAGCGUGAGCUAGGCCAGAGAGUCUUUGAAUACAUCUUCCCCAACGUGGGCUCUAGCGCCUUCGAGGCGGGUGGCUUCUCGCCCUUCAUGAUCAAGAAUAUGAGUGUCUUUGAGGGAUCGGACGACGAAGACGAUGAAGAUACGCCCAACGGCAUACCACUGAUGCGCUCAACCAGUAUCGAUGGCAACAGCUCGUCCACGUCCAUGGAAAGUCUCGCCAUCUCCAAGGGCCCAGGCUCCAUUGAACUGCGACUCCAGCCUACACUGACACUCUCAGAUGAUGCCAAGGCACGCCGCCCAGGUCACCAGCUGAAGGGUCUCGCGAUGACACCUAUCCACCAAGACAGCAACCGACUAGGUGUAUCGGAGACCUCGCGUCAAACAGGCCGUCCGGCCACAACUGGUGGUCUUAGCAAAAAGAAAUCUGCCGACAGUCUCCGCAUGUUGACCAAACAGCCCACUGAGAGAUCUCUGUCCAGCCACAGCGGUGGCGACGACAGCCGCAGGAAAUUCGGAAUGGGCAAAGGAGCCAACAAGAGUUCUAAAUCCAAAGAGCCAACCGACGACCUGUCUCUCAUGAUCUCCCGCGCCUCUAACUACAUGACCCUCGCCCGUGUCAGAGUGAAUGACGUCGUCCUCUGCAUGAGCUACAAGGGUAAGGGCGAGCAUAACCUGGAGGAUCUCCACGAUUUCGUCUUCCGUCUUCCAGUUCUCGAGUACAGCAAUAAGACAUGGUCGAAUCUGGAUCUUGCCCUGCGCCUCAAGAAGGACGUGAUCAAGGCCCUCAUCUCGCACGCUCCUGCCAUUCUUGGCAACAAAUUCUCGCACCACCGCCCGUCGAAGCAGCAGCAGAAGCGUUUCCGGGAGCUUGCAUCGUCGUCUCAAUUAUUGCCAUCCACCGGCCUCACGCCUAGUGGAAGCCAAGCCCAAAGCCUGGCCAGCUACGACUCCAACAGCGACUAUUCGGAAUCACGAUCCCGCAGGUCUAUGCAGUCAAAUUCCUCGCCGUUAGCUAGAUCCACCUCAUUGGGUUCAGACGCCUAUGGCGUUCAGGAUUCGGAUCCUCAGAUCUCCGACUCACGUUCCGACAGUGAGGUAGAUGUCGAUUCUCGUUGGGAGGCAUCGCGUCGAUUCGUCAAUCCCCCUCCCGAGAGACGACCGUUGACUUCCAGUCACACUAUGAGUACCAUUCAGGGUAGCAGCAAGAACGACCAAGAUGACAGUCACAUCAAAACAAUCCGCAACAUCGGCCGGAAACUGACAUUCCGCAAAUAA